AAGAACAAGAAGAAGACUGUCCGGUCAUGGGACCCCGGCGUCCAGCGCUGCUUCUGGGUCUCGCCGCGUUCCUGGCCGCGUGCGCCAGGGUCCUGGGCGUGGUGCUGCCGCUCAACGGGGACUGGAGGGUGUACAAUCGAAAUAAAUCGUACCAUUUCUCCGGUGUGGUCCCUGGCAACGUGUAUACAGACCUGAUGCGCGCCAAGCUCAUCGACAACGCCUACUACCGCGACAACGACGAGCGCUUCGCCUGGGUCGGCCACGACAACUGGACCUACACGAGGGACUUCCAGUUGAAAGAGGAGCACACGCAGCACCGCCGGAUUUUGCUCGUUGCUCACGGCAUUGACACCGUGGCCACUGUCUACGUGAACGAUGUGCCCGUGGGUGAUACAGACAACAUGUUUGUGCGCUACGUGUUCGACAUCAAACAGCAUAUCAAGGUGGGUUACAACAACGUGAGCGUGGAGUUCACCUCAGCCGUGGCCCACGCGCGCGAACAUGCGCGCAUGUUCAGCAAGGGCCAUCAAGUGCCGCCCGAGUGCCCGCCCCUGCGCCAGCGCGGCGAAUGCAGCGUAAACCAAGUGCGCAAGGCGCAGGCUUCCUUCAGCUGGGAGAUGGCACCGGCGUUCCCCACGCAAGGGAUCUGGAAAGACAUCGGCAUCGAGAUGUACGACAGCCUCGUUAUCCGUGACAUGGUGGUCAGAACUCGACGGCUUGGCUCGCAAAACAAAGGCGAAAGGCCGGGCAGGUGGUCGCUGGACGUGGGCCUGUUCCUCGAAGUCGCGUUCAGCGGAAAGACGCGGCUGCUGCUCAGUUUGGUGCUCGACGAACGCCUGACCGUGAAGAAGAACAUAUCGGUGUCCGCGAACAACCAGCUGAGCGCGCACUACCGGUUCCGGCUGCGGAUACCCGAGAACCUGGCCAUCGAGCCCUGGUGGCCCAACGGAUACGGAGAACACCGGUUGUACACCCUGUCCAUAUCCCUGUCUCUGGGCAGUGACACAGCCAUCAUCACCAGGAGCAUCGGUUUUCGUACAGUGGACUUGAUACAGGAGCCGCUCGUGAAUAGCACGGGCGCCACGUUCUUCCUUCGCGUCAACGGGCUGCCGCUGUUCGCCAAGGGCAGCGCGUGGCUGCCGGCCGACGCGUUCCCGGACCGCGUGACCAGCGAGCGGCUCGAGGCGCUGCUGGACUCCGCCGCAGCGGCGCACAUGAACCUCCUGCGCGUCUGGGGCGGCGGCUUGUACGAGUCCGACGUGUUCUACGAGAUGGCCGACCGCAAGGGGCUCAUGAUCUGGCAGGACUUCGCCUUCGCCAGUGCCCUCUACCCUGCCACGCCGGCGUUCCUCGACUCGGUGGCGCUGGAGGCGCGCCAGCAGGUGCGGCGUCUGAGUCACCACGCCAGUCUAGUUCUCUGGUGCGGAAACAGCGAAAACGAACUCGGCUUGGCUUACAACUGGUGGAAGCUCCUCACGACAGAACACCGUGAGGACUACGUCAAGCUGUACGUGGAAACUCUGCAAAAGAUAGUGUACGAGGAGGACAUGUCACGGCCCUUCGUGGGCUCGACCCCUUCCAACGGUUUGCUCUCGGAACUCAGCGGCGGCAUUCACGACAACCCGAACGACGUGCUCUAUGGCGACGUGCACUACUUCGACUACUACUCGCCGCCCUGGAGCCUGGAUUCCGUGCCGACUCCACGAUUCUGUUCAAGCUUCGGGCUUGUCUCGUUCCCGUCGAUGGAGACGCUGGCCACCGCCCUUGAACCCGGAGACCUGGUGCUGCCUUUCCCGCAAACGCUCGAGAACAGGAUGCACUUAGCCAAUGCCAGGUUGGAAACGUACAUGUCAGCUGUCGUCGCACUUCCCAAGAAGGACGGCACCGACCAGGCUCUGAGGAUCCUCAUCUUGCUGUCGCAGAUCUACCAGGCGAUGGGCGUCAAGACGCAGGCCGAGCACUACCGUCGGCAGCGGCUCGCGGUUCGCCGCUCGCAGGGUCUGACCAUGGGCGCCGUCUACUGGCAUCUGAACGACGUCUGGCAGGCACCCUCUUGGUCCUCCAUCGACUACACGGGCGAGUGGAAGAUGCUGCACUACUUCGCGAAGCGCUUCUAUGCGCCGCUGCUCGUGUCGCCGUACGAAGAAGCCGGGCGCUUGGUCGUCUACGUGCUGGACGACUUGUACCACGACGAGCCCUACGACCUGCUUUUGGAAGUCAAGCUCUACCACUAUGCCUCACUGGAGCCCAAGACGUCCCUCGCGCACAACUUCACGGUGUCUAACUACGCCCACGCCGCAUACGUGGCCAACGUGUCCAAGCUGCUGGCUUCGGGUUCGUGCCACCGCAACAACAGUUUCUUCGCUUUCCGCCUGCUGAACGCGACCGACAACGCGACGCUGUCCACGAACUUUCUGCUCCUGCAGGUGCCUCGCUUUGCGAAGGACAUCGCGUCCGUCACGCUGAGAGUUACUAGCAUCACGACCUACGAAUCUGCACAGCAUGAAUCACCACUGGCUAACGAUCCCGGGAAUUCGAUGCGGAAAAGCACCGCGCCGACAGCCGGCGACACCUUACAGAACAUGUCGCCGGCCCGACAGAAAGUCACAGACAGCACUGGGUCAAACGAACACGGCCUUCCGUCGACCGCCGAAUCCCUGGAAGGUGUCGUCCACACGUCACUUCAAGAACAGCCAGAAAAGGAGGCUACGAACUCGACAGAAGCGAAGUCUAACGUUCACGAGAUCGACCUGUCCACGGACGGCGUCGCGCUGUUCGUUUGGCUCUCGGCCGGCAAAAUUAGAGGUCGCUUCUCGGACAACAGUUUCGUCAUGACCGAACGCCAGCUCAGCGUCACUUUCACGAGUGACCUGUCGGUGACCUCGGAGCAGCUUCGCUCUAACCUCACUGUCACUUGCCUGAACUGCCUGUGGAAGCACCACUACUCGCCAAUGGUUGAGGCGAGAGCGUAGGAACACUGGUUCUCGGUGGGGAUCAAGUGGGCAGCUUGCAAGGUUGAACUUGGAGGUAUCCGCUGGUUCGCAGUAAAGACACCGCCGUCCCUGUUUCUCCCGCGUUUCUUUUUCUUUUCUAACGUUGGACAGGUUACCUUGGUCAUGUACGUACUGAGGAAAGAGAAUAACUGUAUUCUGAAUAUAGAGUGCGUAUUAUUGAGAGCGCGGGCACACAAGAAAUUUGGCGAGAUGGGGAUGAGAUUACGCAUCACUAAGUGCAUCGUUGGAGUGUCC